AACCCUCUUCCCAAAGAUACCUAAUAUGAACGAAAAUAAGAUGAAAGACAGCACCUUUAGGUUGAUUUGAGUAAAUUGAAAGGCCAUAAAUGUCAAUUGAGUGGAACCCGCCAAGAGCAACACAAAGCAAAGCUUGAAAUAUGCUCCCCUCCCUAGAACUUUGAUCCACAGUGCUUGCCUUUUCCUCUCUUUCUCUGCUUUUCCUUAACCCUUAAGUCUCCUCUUUUUUCUUCUUUUUAUUCUUUUUCUUCUUUCCUCUUCUUCCCCUUCCUCUCCUGUUUCUGCAAUACAAGCAGCAUAAAAAACAAAAGCCUCCAUGUGGUCUUCAAUGGCAGAUACAUAUUCUGACAACAUCAAACACCAAAUGAUACUUCCAGAGAAAACACAACAAAACCCAAGUAAGUUUUACUCACAUUUCUUAUACAAAGCUCUUAUAGUUGUAGUUUUCUUCGUUAUUCUUCCGCUCUUUCCUUCACAAGCCCCUGAGUUCAUCAACCAAUCUGUACUCACUAGAAGCUGGGAGCUUCUGCACCUCAUUUUUGUCGGUAUCGCCGUCUCUUACGGUAUAUUUAGCCGGCGAAACGACGAAACAGAGAAAGAAAACAACAGCUCUAAAUUCGAUUAUGCUUCGUAUGUGUCUAGAUUCUUAGAAGUAUCACCGGUUUUUGAUGAUGAAGUCGAAAGCUCAUCUGGGAAUGGGAUUGAUGAGAACAAGGUCCAAACGUGGAGUAGUCAGUACCGUAGGAAUGAACCAGUGGUUGUCGUAGCCCAAGAACACUCUGUUCUUGAUGAACAGAGAACUACGGGCGAAAAACCACUGCUUUUGCCAGUUCGGAGCUUGAAAUUGCGUAUGCCUGACCCAGGUGUCUUCAAAUCCGAAUUUAGUGGCACCACUUCAGGUUCUAUCAGUAGGUCUAAUUCAAGACCGACCUCCAAAAGGUUUUCAGGCAAUUCGAAUAAAUCUAGAAACGGGGAAUUAGUAGGUUUGGAUCAUCAAAAAUUGGAGGAGAAGUUGAUGGAUAAUGUUGUGCUUUCUUCACCAGUUCCAUGGCAAUCGAGGUCUGGAAGAAUGGAAACGAAAGAAGAAGUUGAUAGCCCUACCCUGUUUGAUCUGCCUCCUUCAAUGGCGGAAUCUGAAUUUGAUCGGUUCCAGUCUCGCACGACAAGCAUCCAGAUGACUGAAUCAUCCCGAUCCAGUUCCAACACCUCUUCGCUAAAGCCGUCUCUUUCACCCUCACUAACUUCGCCUAGGAAAUUGUCUCCUUCGCCUUCGUUUUCUGCAGAAUCACAAGCCAAAAUUGCGGAGGAUUUGGUGAGGAAGAGGGGCUUUUACAAAUCUUCUCCCCCACCCGCACCUCCGCCGCCCCCGCCGCCGCUGCAGCCAUUAGUUUUUCAAUCAUUUUCAAAGAGGCCUAAUCCUAGACCGGUGAGUGAUGGGGUUUCGUUGGAGAAGGAUUCGUGCAGAGUAAAUUCUGGGGUGGAAAUGAAAGCUAGACGCCAGGCUGAUGGUUUAGCAAUGGGAAAAUCAGUGAGAAAAAUAAGAGCAAGGGGAGCCGGAGAUUUUGUAGAAGACGCCAUGAAUGGAGACUCGGAGAAAAGCCCAGCGAUGGAGAAAUCUGGAAGGAAGAGGGGAUCUAAUCAAACAUCAUUCAGGACUGAGAAACUAAGGCAUGAAAGCAACCCCCUAAUGUCAAAGCAAGCUUUCAUGGAAUUCUCAGUGGAAGAGGAGCAAGCCUCUGUUGACAAGGUGACUAUGGUGUCUGAUGAAGACACCGAAAGUGAGGAGGAUGAUGACACUGGAGGAGGAAGUUUCAUCCAAGGAGAAGGAAUUCCGAGCAAUGGUGGAGUGAGUUUAAAAAAUGUGGAAGCUGCUUCGAGCAGUGUCAGCGAUGGAGGACGUGAUGUGGAUAGAAAGGCUGAUGAGUUCAUAGCCAAAUUCAGAGAGCAAAUUAGGCUCCAGAGAAUUAAUUCCCUCAAGAGAUCAAGUGGGCAGAUCAAGAGAAACCCUGCAAGAAAAGGUUGAACUUCCUUCAAUCCAGAAGAGUUUAAACUGGAUGGAUCCAACCCUGGUGUUUUAAACUCUAGUUUUUCCUUGGUUCUAUGUUUCUAAUUUACUUGAUGUUAUAGUUAUUUUCUCUUUGUUUUUUUCCCAAUAUGGGUAUGGACAGAUCAAGAUCAGUCUAGAGUUCGCACCUGAAGUACUGAAAGGCCUCAAGCGAGAGAGAUAUAGACAUGUAAAGUGAGUCCUACAAGAUCAAUAAACAUUGUAGGACUCACUUUACAUGUCUAUCUUUCUCUCGCCCCGAGACUCUCAAAUUCGGGCCAGAACUUUAGAAGAUCUUUUCCGGCUUAGAGUGCAUGGUGUACAGAUAUCUACACGGUUUACGUUUUGUGUAACAGCCAAUUGCACCCCAAUGAGUGUUGAUGUUCUCUGAACUGUUGUAACUAAAAGGAUGUUCUUCUAGCUAAUUAAUGCCAUGCCCUAUUUUUUGGUCCA